AUGGCAUUCGACCCGACCAAUGUCGACCUCACUACCGCUAGUGCUAGAGACAUUAUCUGUUACCUGCAGAUCGGCGAGAAUCAAUACAAUGGCCAUCUUCCGGCCCGCAUAUCGGCAGUCUUUGUCAUGCUGGUUGUAUCGACACUAGGCACGGCGUUUCCCUAUAUCGGCAAACAGAUGCCUAGACUACGCAUUCCAACUCCUGUAUACUUGUUUGCCCGAUACUUUGGCAGUGGAGUCAUUGUGUCUACAGCUUUUAUACAUUUGCUCGAUCCAGCAUACCAGAAUAUCGGCACGAAUAGCUGUGUAGGCAUGACAGGAAACUGGUCUAUAUAUCCUUGGACACCCGCCAUCAUGCUCGCUUCCUGCAUGAGUAUUUUCGCCAUCGAUGUCACUGCCCAGAAAUACGUUGCCGACAAAUAUGGGUUGGAUGUACACGCCACCAAUGUCGAGUCUUUGGUUACUAGCGACCUAUCCCCUUGCCCGACAACCACAGUCCGAGUCACGAGAUCCAGAACCGACGAAGAGAAACAAGUCAAACACGAGGAAGUAGCUUUUGCACAAGAAUUCGCCGCCUUUUCCAUCCUUGAAGCAGGAAUCAUUUGGCACUCCGUGUUUAUUGGCCUCAACUUUGGUGUUGCAGGCAGUGAGUGGUCGACUUUGUAUGUCGUUUUGAUGUUCCAUCAAGCAUUUGAAGGCCUCGGUAUUGGUGCUCGACUAUCUACCAUUUAUUUCCCAUCAAAGUAUAAGCAGUGGUUACCUUGGGUGUGCAUUGCAGGUUAUGGUAUCACUACACCCAUCAGUAUGGCGAUAGGGUUGGGUGUGAGGAAUACUUAUAACAGUGAUAGUUAUGAAGCUGUAAUCAUUGCUGGUGUGUUUGAUGCAAUCAGCGCUGGUGUACUUGUCUAUAAUGGACUGGUGGAGUUGCUGGCUAGAGACUUUAUCUUUGAGACACAGACGAGGAGUCACAAGCGGUUGGCGUUUAUGAUGGGUUGUGUGUUUUUGGGAGCUAUGCUUAUGUCUGUUAUUGGAGCUUGGGCUUAG